UACCUCCUCACGUGGAAGUUUUUAAAUUUUGCAGACGAUAUCAGAAAUUGCAGAAGAUAAUGAAGCCCUGCUUUGGAGAUAUGUUGUCCUUUACACUGACUGCAUUUGUUGAGCUGAUGGAUCAUGGGAUUGUAUCCUGGGAUACAUUCUCUGUGGCAUUCAUUAAAAAGAUAGCAAGCUAUGUGAACAAAUUUGCUUCGGACAUCUCUAUCUUGCAACGGUCACUAGCAAUCCUGGAAUCGAUGGUGCUCAAUAGCCAUGACCUCUACCAGAAGGUGGCACAGGAGAUCACCAUUGGGCAGUUAAUCCCACAUCUCCAAGGGACAGAUCAAGAAAUCCAGACGUAUACCAUUGCUGUAAUAAAUGCACUUUUCCUUAAAGCACCGGAUGACAAGAGGCAGGAAAUGGCAAACAUUUUGGCACAAAAACAGCUUCGUCUCAUCAUCUUAACUCAUGUUAUCAGGGCACAGAGAGACAUCAAUAAUGAAAUGGCCCACCAGCUUUAUGUUCUGCAAGUACUUACAUUUAACCUUCUGGAAGACAGAAUGAUGACAAAAAUGGAUCCACAGGAUCAGGCUCAACGAGAUAUUAUAUUUGAACUCCGAAGAAUUGCAUUUGAUGCAGAAUCUGAACCUAACAACAGCAGUGGCAAUAUUGAGAAACGCAAGUCUAUGUAUACACGAGACUACAAAAAGCUUGGAUUUAUUAAUCAUGUAAACCCUGCAAUGGAUUUUACGCAGACCCCUCCUGGAAUGCUGGCCCUCGACAACAUGCUGUACUUCGCCAAACAUCACCAGGAUGCCUAUAUACGG